AUGCUUUUAAGUGCUGCUGCAGGAAAUGGUUUGUCUCUGCAUAAAGUUCCUUCCUGGUUGAAGGGAUGGAAAUCUCCUUGGAAUAAAAAAGGGAAUGGUGGAGAAUUAAUUUCUGAAGGAGAGCAAGAAUCAACAAGUGCUGCACAAUCGUCCGUCUCGAGGUUGAAACGCUACGAUUAUGACACUAUUCCUCGGGUUUUAGAUCGUCUUGGAUUAGAUCGUCUAUUUAGUGGGAGAGGAAGCCUUGGCUUAGAUCGUCAUCGAGCUUUUUCUGUUGUUAGUGAGAGUCGUGCCAGUGAUUCGAUGCUUAGGUUUUUCGAUUGUUGUCAGAGAUAUGAGGAUUACAGGAAGAAUCAGGAACCUGAAAUUGAGAAGCGUAAGGAACCUGUACUUGAUGAUAUUUCUAAGUCACUCACUGAACGUUAUGGUCUAAAUUUUACCCGGCAACAAAUUUCAUCUCUUUGGUUUCUCUGUAAGCAGGAGGCAUCCUUAUUGGAUGUAACAGAUCAAGCUUGUGGAAUGUUCAGCCUGUCUCAGGUUGCUUUGUUAGAGUGGACGGAUGAUAUGGAGGUGUUUAUAUUGAAGGGUUAUGGCAAUUCAUUAAACUAUAGAAUGGGAGUUCCUUUGUUGCAAGAUAUUGUUCAAUCCAUGGAGAAAGCUAUCACAGCCAAAGAAGAAAAACAAGUUCCUGGCAGCUAUGAGAAGGCAAGACUUUGUUUUGCUCAUGCUGAAAUUGUGCUUCCAUUCACAUGUUUGCUCGGGCUUUUCCUUGAAGGAGGACAUCAUGGUAAGAUACAAAUACAAAGGGAGCAGUCUUUGCAACUUCCUCCACGGCCCCCAGCUAUUAGAAUCUGGAAGGGAAGUGCUGUUGCACCUUUUGCUGGGAAUAAUAUGCUGAAUAUGCUGGUUCUCUAUAGCUGCCCCGCAGCUAACUUGUCAGACGGGUACUUUGUGCAAGUCUUGCAUAAUGAAGAACCCAUAGCAAUGCCGGGUUGCGAUGGUUUGCAUUUUUUCCCCUUCCAAAUGUUCAAGGAUAAACUUGUGGCCCCUCAUCUUGGACAUGAUUUCAACACGUUGUGCACUGUGAAUGUGGAAGAACCAUCACCACCUCCUGAACCGAGUAAGUUUUCAUUGUUUUGUUGGCUCUUUUGGCUAUGGAAUGAUGAUAAACAACCUCUAACAGAUGAAUUGGAAUGAUGCUUACUAACUAAUUCAAUCUUUGUUGUUGAAAUUGUUUUCUUAAUGUGUAUAUCAUCAACAAGCGCAGACGCUGAGUUCACAUUUUAUUAAAUGUAGGCAAAAGUCACUCAUUUUUUUUGUACUAAUUUCAAGUUUUGUUUUAACCUCGUCUCGAGCUUCCAUUUGUUUGACAUCAAAGAUUUAGACUCCAAUAUGAUUAUGGCUUUUGCUUGAUGUUUUACCACAAAA